AUGCGCAGCUCCGAGCGAAAGCAAGAGAAGUUCAAAUCUCCUCGCGGCAGACCAAGGGUGACAGCUACACAACCAGAUCAAGUUUCGCAUCGAAGCCCGAAGAAGAGAAGGUUUAUUCGGAGCAAGCGAUAUCAGCAAGUCCACCAACAAGAGCGUCUGUCUUCUGAAGAGAGAGGGAUGGUCAAGGUCCCUGACAAACCACGUGCCAAGAACUCUCCCAGAGCACGCGCUCGGUUUCGAGACUCGACCGAUCGAGACCACUCUCUUGACAUGGCAGACGGUGACAUCUCACACGAUGAGCAAACAUCUAGUCGAGUGUUGAUGAAACAUGAAUCGGCAGCUCUCAAGGCAGAAAUCCGAAGACUUGUCAUGGAGAACAAGAUGAGAAUGGAAGCCUUGAGGCGCGGGAAGGAAGCAGUGGACUCCUUGUCGGUCGCACUGGAUUCCACUGUAGCAGAGAAGAGGGUGAUCUUGAGGAUCGUUUCGUCAUGCUCUGCAAUAUUGAAGGAGGAGUCAGAUGUGCAUGCGCAAGACAAGUCAGCGUUCAUCAUCAACAUGAUGGGAGGAGAUGUUGAUGAAAAGACCCUGUCUGAGAUGAACCCUGCGACUUUGGAGAUUCUUGAGGGAAUCCUCAAUCUCAAGGUGUCGCAUGCUGAAGCGAUGGCAAAGAUAGCAAAGCUUGAGAAGCAGCUGGCAGUCUUGUCGAUUUCGCAGAAACACGACGAGCAGAAUAUGUCGUGCAGCUCAUCUGCCGAUCAGCUGCAGAAGUACAGUUAUCAGCGUGAUAGUAAUGAGCAGCUUUUUGCCAUGGUGGUGCCUGUGAGAAACGGAGAUGAAUCCAAGACAUUUGUCGUAAGAACAUUAGAGAAAGAACUUGCCAAGUGCAAGGCAGAGAUUCGACUUCUACAGGUGACUGUGAACAACUUCGAGAGGCAGCGUUACAAGAGGAUUUCAAGGAUGUUUGUCAAGUCAAAUUUGACCAAUGAAACAAGGGUACGUCAUCAAGACUUGGGCAUUUCAUCAGACGGAGUGGCUCCAUAUGACCAUGCCGAUUCGGAGGAGAAAACCAACGCAGCAGUUGGAGACAGAGUCAAAGUUGACAAUCUUGUCAGGGUUUUCGAAGAGUUUGAUUCUCGUUUUCGAGAACUGAAAGAAACGGUAAUGUCAGAACAGAUCCGCCUUACCCAUGAGCAUCUCAACACUUUUCAACAUGAUGUGAUUGGGUUCUUGGCCAAUCUUUUCUCAGUGGAACACAAGAUCGAAUAUGGAACGGGAGAAGAAAUCUCGAAUGGAUGUGAACAUCUGAACUGUCAACAAAUGGUUCGAAAAAUGAACCAAAUGUUGAUGGCACAUUCGAGAUUGAAAGAUGAUGCGAUGAAAGAAACAGCGCGAUUGGUGUCGGUGAUCCAACAAGAAAUUCUCAGCUCCAUGAUACUUCUGAAAGAAAUGUCAAUGGAGAAUCAUCGGCAGACUAUUUCAAGUACCGAGGGGACAAGAAGAUCGCGAGUUCAAGAUGUGCAGCUUGAGGCAGAGCAAGAAUUGAAGCAAGAAGCAGAGCAAGACUUAGAGAGUAAGACGGAGCUGACGCCUCGAGUCGAGUCGAAAUUGUCAGCGACGGAGGUCAAACUUCUUGACGGGGUGGCGGAGAAAGUGACGAGGAGCCUGGACAAUUCAACUGAUGAUCUCGAGCUCCUCCCCUCGUACAACGAAGAGCCUCCUCGAUCAAGGAGCAUCCCCUCUGAAGCAAAGUUAUGCCAGCAAGAGCUCCCGAAGAAUCCUGUUCCUCCUGCCAGUGAGAGGUCAGGAGACGCAGCCCCACGUAGGAUCCCAAAGAACAUCAGUGGCAGCUCGAGAGAGCAGGAGGCGGAGGGACACGAGGAGAAGAGCAAGCCGACUUCAUGUGACAACACUUGUGUUUCCUGCAAGACGUCAGAGCCAGUCGACCUGCUUGUUCUAGGAGAGAAGGUGUACCUGAGCACAGCACAACUUCAAGCGUCUGCACGAGCGCUGCAAGACGAGGAUGUUGCUUACGCUCCUGACAUCCGCGGUUGCGAUCACCUUCAUGUCUGCUGUUUCCCCUUGAAGGAAGACAACUCAGCGGAUUGGCGGGUCUCUGCGUCUAGAGCCUCGGAGGUCAUCGAGUUCGCUUUCAGUCGCUCGCAGAAAGUUUUGGAGCUCCUGCAUUUGGGGUUGAUGGAGGAAGUGGAAGAGGAAGAGGUGAUGAAAGGAAUGGAGGUGGAGGAUGCGGUGAAGCAGGACAAGCACUGA